UACUUGACUAAAUCAAGGAUCCAGACGACGGAUAUGCAUAUACACUCAUCAUUUCUGUAUCUAUAUCCCCUCCCUCUCUCUAUAUAUAAGUAAAAAAAAAAACAAUUGUAAAUAGAAUUUAAGAAUGGGAGAAAGUGGAUCAUCAUCAAGAUCGUUGGAGACAGUAAUAGAGCACAAAGCAUAUGCACGGAUUGGGCUGCUGGGUAACCCGAGUGAUGUAUACAAUGGUCGAACCAUAUCAUUAAAUAUCGAAAACUUUUGGGCUUAUGUUCGCCUGGAACCUUCUUCUUCAGAUCUUGUCAUUGUUCCUCAUCCUACUCAUGAUCUUGUUCAAUUCACUUCUCUCUCUCAUUUGGUGAACCGGUUGGAAAAUGAAGGUUACUAUGGAGGUGUACGGUUGCUUAUGGCAACUUGUAAAGUCUUUAAAAACUACUGCAAAGAACAAGGGAUUCAUCUUCACGAAGAUAAUUUUUCUCUUUCGUAUGAGACCAACAUCCCUCGUCAGACAGGGCUAUCUGGUUCCAGUGCCAUUGUAUGUGCUGCCUUUAACUGCCUUCUUGACUUCUAUGAUGUCAGAGAUAAAAUAGCCGUGGAGAUAAGGCCACAACUUAUUCUCAAUGCAGAAAAGGAACUUGGAAUUGUUGCUGGUCUCCAGGACAGAGUAGCACAAGUUUAUGGGGGCCUUGUAUACAUGGAUUUUGACAAGGAGAGCAUGAAUAAACAUGGGUAUGGCAAAUACACACAAUUAGAUACAAGUCUUCUUCCGCCACUUCAUCUAAUCUAUGCUGAAAAUCCAAGUGAUUCUGGAAAGGUGCAUAGUACAGUUCGACAAAGAUGGCUAGACGGAGACAAAUUUAUUAUAUCAUCAAUAGAAGAGGUAGCCAACUUAGCUCUUGCAGGAAAAACUGCAUUACUUGAAAAGGAUUAUGCUAAACUUGCAACCCUUAUGAAUCAGAACUUUGAUCUUAGAAGGCGCAUGUUUGGUGAUGCUGCCUUAGGUGCUCUAAACAUAGAGAUGGUGGAGGUUGCCAGAAGAGUGGGUGCAGCAUCCAAGUUUACUGGCAGUGGAGGGGCGGUGGUUGCUUUUUGCCCUGAUGGACCAUCACAAGUUCAACUUUUAGAGGAUGCUUGUAAGAAGGGUGGCUUCUCCAUUGUACCAGUGAAAGUUGUACCUUCCCGUCUUACUGAAAUUGAUAUCAGAACUCUAUCCUCAAAUAAUGCAUAGGCCUGGCUCCUCCUCCCCCAAAAUCUGUUAUUUUAAGCUGCCCUUGUCAAUGCUGAAUCUGUAAGUUAAAUUGUAUAAUUGACCAUUAUUUUUGUGUGUUUAUUACAACAUUCGGCACAAUGAGAUUCAUCUUUGAUCUAAAAGAAUUUUACAUUGUCAUUA